CAAUUGGUUUUGCAAACGCCUUGAAUUUAUCACUUCCUCCUUCCUUCGUCCCAUUCUUUCUCCACCAGCAAGCUCAGUCAGCCUCUCUCACCUUUAUCGAAUACCACCGCCGUCCGGUGUAGCAGAUCCAGCUGCUAUUCUUCUUCUUCCUGUACCUCCGCAAUGCUGGUUUAGAUCGCCGGAUUCGGUGUCUCUGAACAGUGUUUUGCCUCCGAGCGCUUGACCGACGCACAGAAGGAAGCACGCACCACCGCCGGCGAAUUGCGAGAAUGGGAGCAGUGCCUUCUUCCCCCGGUCACAGCGAGGCGCGUCCUGCGGAAACGGCGGAGUAUUUAGUUGGAACGUUUGUCGGUGAGAAAUCUUUCCCCGUCGGUUCAGAUUUCUGGCAGAAACUGUUGGAGCUCCCUCUCAAUCUGCGGUGGCCUGCUGAUCGCGUUCGCGAAGCAUGUCAGCUGUUUGCACGAAACAACUCUUGCACCAGGCAUCUCGCGAAGAUACUCAUUCACCUGGCGCAGUGUUUGCAAGAGUGUAUGUCAGUUUCUGGUGCACCGUCAUCCACGUAUGUGAAGGCUAGCAACGCAGCAUACAUUUCCUCUGUCUUUCUCAAGCACUUAAUAGAGAAUGCACAAAGCAACAGUGUUGAGGAGCUAUAUCUUUCACUGAAUGACAGCGAGCCAAUUCCUCCGAAUUUCGUCAUAGAUCAGAACGUUGAAAAUCUUGUCAUGCAUAAUGUCCUCAAGUUUAUUGGUUUGGUGGAUGUCAGCCCAAACACUAGCGGCCUGCAUCAGGAGUUGCUCAACUUCUUGUUUGUUGCGAUGUCAACUCAACUGCUCUACGGGCCAACUCCUGGGCCAGCAGAUAUGAACCCAUUCAUUGAUGCUGCGAUGACUCGGGAAAGUUCCUUGGUUACUAUGGUUGUUCAGAGGUUGCUGCUCAAUUACAUUACGCGGCCUCGAAUCUCGUUGAAUGUUGGGUCUUAUCCUCCAUUUGGAGAGGCAGGGCAGCCUGGGGUGCUGCAAAGAGUGGGCUCCGCUGCUGCUAAUUUGGUCUUACUCCCAUUCAACUAUUUGGUAAGUUCAAGUGGGCAAGGUGUACGGAACCCGUUAGCAGAGUGCAGCCUCCAUGUGUUGCUUAUUCUUAAUUAUUACCGCAAAUGCAACCUGGCAGACGAGUCCAUAACAGAUAGAAGUGAUGACAGUGGAACAUCAGAUUCUCUUUCAAAAUCAUUCGUCGAGAACCCUUACUGCAAAGCACUGGAGAAUAUGAGGGAUAUCGAUCUUGAUCGAGUGGAUUUUGAGAAGAACGCACACAAUCCUUCAGUUGUGAGAUUGCCAUUUGCGUCGCUUUUUGAUACUCUUGGCAGGUGCUUGACUGGUGAAACAGCAGCUUUAUUGCUUUACUCGUUGUUGCAUGGGAACUCUGAUUUCUUGGAAUAUGUUCUGGUGCGAACUGAUGUAGAUACAUUGUUGAUGCCAAUCCUGGAGACUCUAUACAAUACCUCAAGGAGGUCAUCUAAUCAUAUCUACAUUUUGUUGAUUAUACUUCUCAUAUUGAGUCAAGAUUCUUCGUUUAAUGCAAGCAUCCACAAGAUGAUAUUGGCUAGUGUUCCAUGGUAUCAAGAACAUCUUCUCCAUCAAACGUCUCUUGGCUCUUUGAUGGUGAUAAUCCUGAUAAGGACCGUGAAGUAUAAUCUCUCUAAAUUGAAGGAUCUCUAUUUGCACACAACUUGCCUGGCAACUUUGGCCAACAUGGCUCCUCAUGUGCAUCGUUUGAGUCCAUAUGCAUCACAGAGGCUGGUUAGCCUGUUCUACAUGCUCUCGCGCAAGUACAAUAAGCUUGCCGAGAGGAUUGAUGAGAAGAGAGGGAAGGGUGGGUUGGUUGUAGAGAACGACCUUGCACUUGAUAUGUCAGCAGAACUGCAUAUAUACGCUGAUUUCCUGAGAAUCGUGCUUGAAAUAUUAAAUGCCAUUUUAACCUAUGCUCUUCCUCGGAAUCCUGAGGUUGUGUACGCCAUCAUGCAUCGGCAGGAAGUUUUCCAGCCUUUCAAAAGUCAUCCACGCUUCAAUGAAUUGAUUGAAAAUAUCUUUCUGGUUCUGGAUCAUUUCAACAGCCGAAUCGAUGCGCAGAAAGAAGAUGGUGAAUGGUCAGUGGAGAAGGUUCUCCAACUCAUAAUCAGCAUUUGUCGAUCGUGGCGGGGUGAAGGAAUGAAGAUGUUCACUCAGUUGCAUUUCUCGUAUGAGCAAGAGAGUCAUCCAGAGGAGUUCUUUACACCAUACAUCUGGCGGCUAACCUUUUCGCAAUGUGGAUACAGCUUCGAUGCCAGUGCCAUAAUUCUCUUCCCUCCUGAUUUGCCAUUGGUAAAACUUGAGAGUGAGGACGGUGAAAAGACGACCGGCCAUGAGAAUGGCGAGUUGGAAAAACGUCACGCUGUUCUGCUGGAUGUCUGAUGGUGAGGGCAUCAACUGCUUCGUAAAUGUUGGUAAUCGUCAAGUCACCUUUGUAUGUAAAUAUUUAUAUAAGAAGUUAGGAGAUCAACAUUUUUUCACCAUCUUCUCAUUGUUUCCCCGCCUGUCGUCUGUCGAUAUGCAUUGUAUCCCAGUAGCAGUUUUGCCCCGUAUAGAAGGAUGAGAAACAUUACUGUGUUGGACACUAAUUAGUUAAUAAUUUCAGUUCCCUUGU